AUGGAGGCCCAGGUCCCCGGAGCCCGAGGGCUUGCGGAGCGGAUGCAAAUGUCCGGGGACUGUGCGGGGGUUCCGGGGCCCGUUCUCCGCCCGCCACCAGCCCGCCUCGUGGGAGCUGACGGCCUGGCUCAGAGGCCUCCCUGCCGUGUUCGUCGUGUGCUCUCGGCUUUGGUUGAAUUAACAGCUGUGAUUAACGGUCAUGAGAAGGAAUACUACAUCACCAUGGUCAAGUGGGCCACCAGCACCAAGGUCGCCGUGAACUGGCUGAGCCGGGCGCAGAACGUGUCCAUCCUCACCCUCUGCGACGCCACCACGGGGGUCUGCACCAAGAAACACGAGGAUGAAAGUGAAGCCUGGCUGCACAGACAGAAUGAAGAGCCGGUAUUCUCCAAGGAUGGCCGGAAGUUCUUCUUCGUCCGAGCAAUCCCGCAGGGUGGGCAGGGGAAGUUCUACCACAUCACCGUCUCCUCCUCCCAGCCCAACAGCAGCAACGACAACAUCCAGUCCGUCACCUCCGGGGACUGGGACGUGACCAAGAUCCUGUCCUACGACGAGAAGCGGAGUCAGAUCUACUUCCUCAGCACGGAGGACCUGCCGAGGCGGCGCCAACUGUACAGCGCCAGCACAGUGGGCAGCUUUAACCGGCAGUGCCUGUCCUGCGACCUGGUGGACAACUGCACCUACUUCAGCGCCUCCUUCAGCCCCGGUGCCGACUUCUUCCUGCUCAAGUGCGAAGGUCCUGGGGUCCCCACGGUGACCGUGCACAACACGACCGAUAAGAAAAAAAUGUUUGAUCUGGAGACAAACGAGCACGUUCAGAAAGCCAUAAGCGACCGGCAGAUGCCGAAAGUGGAGUACGGGAAAAUCGAGACUGAGGACUACAACCUGCCCGUUCAGAUCCUCAAGCCAGCGACCUUCACCGACACUGCCCACUACCCCUUGCUCCUGGUGGUGGACGGCACCCCGGGGAGCCAGAGCGUGGCCGAGAAGUUUGCGGUGACCUGGGAGACGGUGAUGGUGAGCAGCCACGGGGCCGUGGUGGUCAAGUGCGACGGCCGGGGCAGCGGCUUCCAAGGCACCAGGCUGCUGCACGAGGUGAGGCGGAGGCUGGGCUCGCUGGAGGAGAAGGACCAGAUGGAGGCCGUGCGGGCAAUGCUGAAGGAGCCGUACAUCGACAAGACGCGCGUGGCCGUGUUCGGGAAGUCCGAGGGGCCGGGGCCGAGGCUGAGGCCAAGGGCUAAUGCGCCCCUCUGCCUCCAUGCAGCAUCCGCGUUUUCCGAGAGGUACCUGGGCCUCCACGGACUUGACAACCGAGCGUACGAGAUGGCCAAGGUGGCGCAUCGCGUGUCCGCGCUGGAAGGGCAGCAGUUCCUGGUCAUCCACGCGACCGCCGACGAAAAAAUCCAUUUCCAGCACACGGCAGAACUUAUCACACAGCUCAUCAAGGGAAAGGCUAAUUACAGCUUACAGAUCUACCCGGACGAGAGCCACUACUUCAGCAGCAGCGCCCUCCAGCAGCACCUGUACCGCUCCAUCCUCGGCUUCUUCGUGGAAUGCUUCAGGAUCCAGGACAAGUUCCCCGCAGUCACAGCAAGAGAGGAGGAAGAGGAGGACUGAGCCCCACGGCGCACGCCCGGCCCCUCCUGGGACAGGGCACGCUGCCCCGGGCAGCCCGCGGCCUGCCCGCAGAGCCGGGGGGCCACCUUCAUCGCAUGUGUGUCUCAGGUCCGAAGGCAUUUCUGCUCCAGAAACAAGCUCCUUGCCGGGCGGAGGUGCGUCGCCGCUCACGAGGGGCUUCCUCGGAGCCCUGAACCACCGCCUCCUCCCUGCCACAGCGUCACCGGGGCCUCCCCACGACCCUCCCCAAGGAACAAAGCGGAGCCUGGACGGCAGUGCAGAAGCUGGCCCUGGAACUGGAGCUGGCGAGCGGCAGCGUGGGACCCGGCCUCCCCCCGAGUCCCGCGCCCACUUGGGAGCAUCACCCCCGUGUGACGUCACCACGCCAUGGACCAACCAGAGCACAAUUAUUUUCACAGUACCUGUCCCUAGAUUGGCCCGCUCCUGUCUGUUAUUAGGAGAUUCUGCAUUUUAAGGGGCUGUACAAAGUGGUGUCACUGUAGCUAAUGCUAAUGGUUAACCUUCUGGAAUUAAUUUGUAUUUUUCUAUGGUUUUUACCUGACACUGUCUCUGGUCCCGGGUUUGUUUUGCUGUGCGCUUUUUUUUUUUUUUUUUUUGCUUUGCUUUGUUUUGCUUGGUUUCGUUCAGUCAGUCUGUAGGCUUUGCACUUGUUUGGAUUAAAAAAAAACAGAUCAGAAGUAACGGCUCUCCCUGCAAGGUCGUGUCUAGACUUUGUGGGGACCUUUCAAAAUACUGCAAACGACAUCCAGCACUGUUCACUAAAAGGUCUAAAUAAAACCCGUCUCCCACCAAGUGCGUUAGGAUCUGGCUCAGAUUCAGACCGUCCAUUUCCAUGUGUCGUGAAGCCCGUCCUUUUCCUCCUGGAUAGUUUGUCUUUUCAGAUGACAUUUGGUUAAAAAACAUGAAAAGACCAAGCGUUGACUGCACCUCCAGGCCCAUCACGUGUGCUCGGGUGACAAGAACCCUGGAGGAAAGUGGGGGCCUGCGCCAGCAUUGCUCCCCCCACCCCGGGGGGUGGCCAUGUCCCCCCCAAUCCCUGCACGCAAGCAGCCUCGGCGACAUUCCAGCCCGGCCUCAUGAGGCGUCCUCUGCUCAGAGGCACGGCGGCUUCCGUGUGUAUUUCACUCCGUUGUAUAUAGAGACAGGACUGCGGUCAGCCAUCGCCGCUGCCCCCCGCCCUCCGCCAAGUCCUCAUCGUGUUUCGCCUGCAUGCCCACAGCCUGGCCAAGCUGCUGUCUCUACGAGUGCUAGUUGGAAAUGCACCGAAGACCGUCAUCGCCUCAGGAGCUUGUUGACAGCCUGAACGUCCAUUCCGAUGUCUCCGGGUCCCGCUCCCGCUGGGGAGCGGGGUGUCCCUGACAUCAUCGUCUGCAGAGAAGACAGGUCCGUGUCGCUAUCUGGUGUUUGGGGGGUUUGCGUUUCAUCUCCACAAGCUUUGAAUGUCAGUUGCACUUGGUUCGAUAGGAAGAUCUCCGUCACGGGAUUUCUUUUUUCAGGUGAUGCAUCAGCGUUUGGGAAAGGGAAGAAGGUGCCGCCCGCAGGACUGCUCCGAGUGCUACCUGGCCAUGCUUUUUGUCUUGUCAGCCAGCUCAGUCUGAAAGGGGAGGCCGGCUCUGGCCAUGAGGUCUGGAAGGAGGGAGUGAGGUGUGGCAUGGUAGUGUUUGUUCAUCCAUGGAAUAAAACAUUAUUUUACCACUCGA